AUGUCAAACGGUGUCUCGCGCGGUAGCUUUGGAGGAUACGAUGGUCAAAAUAAUUAUGGGUCUAAUGUGUCCUACCAGGAAGAAUACAAGCCACAGAUCUAUCGCGCGGUCUACUCCAACGUUUCUGUUUAUGAGCUAGAAGUCAAUGGAAUUGCGGUUAUGAAGCGUCGGUCCGAUUCCUGGCUAAAUGCCACUCAGAUCCUCAAGGUGGCUGGUGUGGCCAAAGCUCGACGAACAAAAACUCUGGAAAAGGAAAUUGCGGCUGGCGAGCAUGAGAAGGUUCAGGGUGGAUAUGGAAAAUACCAAGGGACAUGGGUCAACUACCAAAGGGGUGUGGAGUUAUGCCGAGAGUACAACGUCGAAGAUAUGCUGCGGCCCUUGCUCGAGUACGAUAUGGGCCCCGACGGCACCGGCGCCCCUUCACAAGGAACACUGGAUACGCCUACCAAAGAACAAGCCAUGGCUGCGCAACGAAAGCGAUUGUAUAACGGUGCGGAGAACCGGAGCAUGUCCCAGCCACAACAAGGAACAUUUUUCCAGAACAUCUCACGAACCGCCGCAACAGCUGUCAACGCGAUCAGCAAAGCCCGAUUCGAUUCGCCAAGCACCAAUGGCCGUCGCCCAAGCGUGAUUCGCAAACCAUCCCAAUCCCAAUCCCAACCCCAGUCGCAGUCGCAGUCACAGUCACAGCAGAUGAGCAGUCAAGAGUCUGGCAUGGCCUUCAGCAGUCAACAGAGCAUGUAUAUGUCCGAUAGUGGAUUCAGCAGUCUGCAAAAUCGUUACCAGGCACACGACGAUAACGAUGACUUCAUUGAACCCCCCUCGCAAACGCAGCCUAAUGACUCCUUCUACCAGGACAUGGACAUUGCACCUCCUCCGCCACUUGACGAUGGCCAGAAGCGUGGUGCUGAGUCUAUGGCCCCUGCUUCAGAUCCCGAAGGCUUCCAGAAGCAAAGACUAAUCAUGACUCUUUUCCUCGACAAGCGCAUUAAGGACUUUUCCAAUCAUCCUGCCUUGAUGCAGCUGAGUGGUGAAGAUCUUGAGAUUCCGCUUGACGAAUAUCGAAACAAUGCCCUUCACUGGGCCGCAAUGCUUGCACGCAUGCCACUGGUAAAUGCGCUGGUAGCGAAAGGUGCAAGUGUUUCUCGAGUGAACCUUGCAGGUGAAACUGCGUUGCAGAAGUCAGUGGGAACUCGCAAUAACUUAGAUUACCGGAGUUUCCCCCGUCUGUUACAAGUACUAGCACCGACAAUCGAUAUGGUCGAUUACAGUGGUCGAACCAUACUGCACCACAUUGCCGUCAUGGCGGCGACCGGCGGUGGCGGCCAUGUCUCUGCCAAACACUAUCUCGAGUCAUUGCUGGAGUUCAUAGUUCGACACGGAGGAAUCAUCGCGCCUACUAACGGUGUGCAAAAUGGGGCUUCCGAAAACGAUGUCAUCUCCCUGGGGCGGUUUAUCUCUGAGAUUGUGAACCUGCGCGAUGACCAAGGUGAUACGGCUUUGAACCUGGCAGGUCGUGCACGCUCUGUAUUAGUUCCACAACUUCUCGAAGUUGGCGCCGAUCCCCAUAUUCCUAAUCAUACCGGGUUGCGACCUGCAGAUUAUGGGGUUGGCGUUGAUAUGGUCGAUGGAAACUCACAAUCACAAAAGGGGGAUACAUUCAUUGACCAAUUAUCCAAAUCAAAAAAGGAAAUUCUUGAGGCGGCAAUGUCUCAAAUCAGCACAAUGGUUGAGGAGGCACUCGGAGGUAUCGACCGCGAUCUAGCUUCAAGCUUGAGUCAAAAACAAGAAAAAUUCGAUCACUGGCACUCUAAGAUCCGCGAGUCUGCUAAGGCUCGCCAGAUAGAGCAGAAACAACUGGACGGGUUGAAACUGAAAUCUUCUGACCGGGUGGAACUUGACCGACGUAUCAAAAACCUGGAGCGGUCUUCCGAGGGCUUGUUGGCUGCGUUAAAGGGUACACGGGGCUUUGACCCUUCACAAAUCGUUGUUGUCGGCAACGCAGACAUGAAUUGUGGAGUGGAUCUAGACACUUUUGAUCAAGUGUUCGCGGAUACUUUUGAUGCCUCAUCCGGGUUUUCUAAGGAGCAAAUCGCCUUCCUAGCCAAUAUCUCAUCGUCAGAUGUGCUCGAGCACCGACUGAAAUGCUACGGAAGGUUCAACGCUGGACUCACAGCGGAAGUUGAUGGACUGAAGGCAAAGAAUGCCGUCUUAGGCCAGAACUAUCGUCGCAUGGUGAUGGCGUGUACCGGUUGGAGUGCGGAGAAAGUGGAUGAAGCGGCGGAGGGAUUGACACAAUGUGUCAAGGAGUUGAACGAUAACCCCGUCCCAGAGGAUGAAGCAAUUGAGAUCCUGAUGCGGGAUCGCGGACAGGACUGGUAA